AUGGCUGAUGAAGUUGUUGAGUUCGACAGCAGUAAGCUUGGAACAAAGGAGCAUUGGGAGGAAUGUUAUGAUCGUGAGAUUAACUGUUUCGAUGAGAGUGGCGAUGUUGGAGAGAUAUGGUUUGGAAAGGCAUGUUUGAAGAAGAUGUGCAAGGAGAUUGCUGCACUUGGUGAUGUGUCAAAGGACGCCGCAGUGUUGGAUAUUGGAUGUGGCAAUGGUUAUACUUUGGUCGAACUACAUAGGCUGGGCUUCACCAAUCUACAUGGCUCGGACUACUCGCCCAAAGCCAUCGACCUCGCCACGAGGAUUGCACAAAGCGAGAACAUACCCAGCGACAACAUACAUUACUUUGUCGACGAUAUACGCAGCUCAACAGUGUUGGAUCAUACAUACGACAUCAUAGUGGACAAGGGAACGUUUGAUGCGAUGGCCCUCUCUGACGACAAGGAGCAGGCACGCGAGGAUUACCGACGCACUGUUAUACGCACGAUCAAGGCUGGUGGCUACUUUGUCAUCACCAGCUGCAACUUCACACAGGCUGAGCUGCAGACAUACUUUGGCGGCGUUGGCAUGUUCAUCUUCCUGCACACAGUACAAUAUCCCGUGAUGCGCUUUGGUGGCUCCCAAGGCCAGUCGCAGACUACAUGUGUAUUCCGCGUGCCAGCUGCCGACAGUGGAACUUCCAGCAGCACUUGCCAUUAA